AUGUCACCCCACGGAGGGGUGUUUUUGGGUCUAUGGCUGCUGCUGGUGCCCAGUCUUGCUGAGCCCCCCCCCGGCACAGGGGGGGCCACCCUAGCCUUUGUCUUCGAUGUCACCGGCUCCAUGUACGACGACUUGGUCCAGGUGAUGGACGGGGCCUCGCGCAUCCUGGAGAGGACACUCAGCAGGAGCACGAAGCCCAUCAGCAACUACGUGCUGGUCCCCUUCCACGACCCAGAGGUGGGACCUGUCACCCUCACUGGGGACCCCCGGCUCUUCCAGCGGCGCCUGCGGGAGCUCCACGUCCAGGGCGGGGGGGACUGCCCAGAGAUGAGUGUGGGAGCCAUCAGGCUGGCCGUGGAGGUCUCCCACCCUGGCUCUUUUGUCUACGUCUUCUCGGAUGCUCGGGCCAAGGACUAUGAGCAGCAGGAGGACCUGCUGCGGCUGCUGCAGCACAAGCAGACCCAGGUGGUGUUUGUGCUGACGGGGGACUGCGGGGACAGGAGCCACCCCGGGUACCGCGUGUACGAGCGGAUCGCUGCCACCAGCUCCGGGCAGAUCUUCCACCUGGACAAGCAGCAGGUGACAGAGGUGCUGAAGUGGGUGGAAGAGGCCAUCCAGGCCGCCAAAGUCCACUUACUGUCCACGGACCAUGAGGAUGGUGGGGAGCACACGUGGCCUGUCCCCUUUGACCCUAGCCUGAAGGAGGUCACCAUCUCCUUGAGUGGUCCCGCUCCAGGGAUCGAGGUCCGGGAUCCAGCAGGAAAGGUCCUUGAGAAAGGCCAAGGCCUGAAGGAACUGCUCAGCAUCCCCAACUCAGCCAUGGUGGUGGGCAUGGAGCCCCACGAGCCAGGGAUGUGGUCGGUCACGACCCAGAGCAGCGGCCGCCACUCGCUGAGGAUCACGGGCAUCAGCAACAUUAAUUUUCAAGCCAGCUUCUCCACCCAGCCAGAUUUUGAUGCUGGCCAGCCCGGGGAGCGGCCGGUGCAGGGUCUGCCCAUCUCCGUGGUGGUGAAUUGCACCGGUCUGAAGCCACCUGGGCACUUGCAGGAGGUCGAGCUCUUCAACACCUCUGGCCACGUUCUCCUCUCGCUGCCCAUGCGACCCCUCUCCAACACCUCCUCGGGGCAGCUCUGGGUGGGCUCACCGCUCCACGUCCCCCCGGGUGACUUUCUGCUGAAGGUGAAGGGUGAAGAUGCCCAGGGCCACCCUCUGCACCGCCUCUCCGGGGUCACCUACACCAGCGUGGUCCCCAGUCUACCCAAAGUGAACAUCUCCAGCAAGAUCCAGGCUUACAACCAUGAACCACAGCUGAUCUCCUGCUCUGCACAGAGUGAGGUCCCUUUCCGCCUGCAUCUCAGCCGUGGUAGGAGGAAGCUUGGGGAUGAGCAGGUCUUCAGGAGCUGGGGGAACAUCAGCUGGUUGAUCCCUGUGGUGUCCAAGAGUGAUGAAGGGUUUUAUGAGUGCACAGCCACAAGCAAAGUCGGGGUGACACGGGCUCGUGCCUACGUCUCUGUCUCAGAGCCACCACCACGUCUCAUGGUCCCGGGCAACAUCAUGGCUUCACCGGGUCAAGACGUGGUCAUGUCCUGCCCGGUUCUGAGUGCCGUACCCUACAACCUGACGUGGAGCUGGGAUGGGAAGGCGGCACAGCCCGGGGACGGCCGGACCAGGCUUCUGCAGAACCACUCGCUGGAGAUCAGCCGCGUGCAGCCGGGGGACGGGGGCUUGUACGAGUGUGUGGCACACAGCGCCCACGGCACUGCCACCGCCUCCCUCUGGCUCUUCAUCCAGGAGGCGCCGUGGGUGAAGGUCGACUCCAGCCCCCAGCGUUUCAGCAGGGACCAGGAGCUGCGGCUGAACUGCACGGCUGGGGGCCAUCCCCGGCCCCACACCACCUGGAAGCGCUGGGGCUGGGACGUGGAGCAGGAUGAGAGGGUUUUCACGGAUGCUCGGGGUACCCUGCACAUCAGGGCUGCCCUCCCGGAGGAUGCAGGGAAUUACAGCUGCUACGCCAGCAGUGCCCUGGGCUGGGAUGAGCAAGUCAUCACCCUGGAGUUCUCCGAGCCUCCUGCCAUCCUGGCCGUGACACCCAGCCUGAGGGCACUGGUGGGAGAAGAUGUGACCCUGGAGUGCUGGGUUUCGGGGGUGCCCCCACCCCACAUCGCCUGGUACAAAGGGGAGCAGGCGGUGGCGGCGUUCCCACCUGGCACGCAGCGUGCCGUCCUGCGGCUGCAGGCGGUGCAGGAGGAGGACGCGGGGCAGUACGUCUGCGAAGCUCUCGGCGAGGCUGGCGUCACCUUCAAUGUCACCGUGCUGGACGUGGGGUCUGCCCCACACUUUCCUGAGCCCCUGGGGGACGUGGAGGUGGAGGUUGGGGACAGCGUGAGCCUGCUGUGCCGUGUCCAGGGCUCUCCCCGGCCACGGGUCACCUGGUCCCGGCAGGAUGGGAAGCCCAUGGUGGGCUGGCAUGGGAUGCCUGGUGUUUCCAGCCAGCUGGAGGCUGCCGAGCUCCUCAUCAACAGCGCCUCGCUGGAUGACCAAGCCGUGUACAUCUGCAAAGCCCAGAACGAGUUUGGGAAAAUCCAAGCGGAGGUCAAGCUCGUGGUCACCGGACAGGCCCCAGAAAUAGCUCUGGCAUCCCCUGUGGUCCGUGCACUCCCCGGCCAGCCCGUGUCACUGCCCUGUGUCAUCCUGGCUGGGAGGCCGUUCCCUGCCCGCCGAUGGCUGAAGGAUGGGCAGCCGGUAGCUCCAAGUGGCCACUACUCCAUCCAGACUGACGGGAGCCUGCACAUGGACCAGGUGUCUCAGGGGGACGCGGGGAGGUACACGUGUGAGGUGACCAAUGCCCUCGGCUCACACAGGCAGGAUGUGUCCCUGGUCAUCCACGUUCCUCCCAGCAUUGAGCUUGGCCCUGUCCUUGUCACCGCCACUGAGGGAGCGGAUGUCACCCUGAGGUGCAAUGCCACCGGCGUGCCCCCCCCUACUGUCACCUGGGCAAAGGGCACAGAGCCCAUCUCACCGAGCCCACGCUACCACCUUGACCCUGAUGGGACCCUCCUGAUUCCUUCAUCCUCCCCUGGGGAUGCUGGAACCUACUUCUGCACAGCUACCAAUGCAGCAGGCUUCUCCAGCCGGGAGGUGCAGCUCUCCAUCAGCACGAAGCCCAGGAUCAGCGUGAACGGAUCGCAAGCAUCAGAGCCCAUAACCGUCCUGGCUGUGCUUGGGCAGGAGACCACCCUGCCCUGCGAGGUUCAUGGCUUUCCCCCUCCCUUGGUGGUGUGGACCCAGGAGUCCCAGCCACUGCCUCUUGCCACCGCAAGCUACAGUGUCCUCCCUUCGGGGUCCCUCCGGUUGGCCAAGCCCCAGGUGACAGAUACUGGCCUCUACACCUGCACGGCCACAAAUGCUGCGGGGAACGCCUCGCUCAGCUACAGCCUGCACAUCCAAGUUCCCCCCCAGCUGCUGAUCGGUGAUGGAGAAAGUCCCCUGACAGCUGUUGCCAAUGAAUCCCUGAGGAUUCGCUGUCGUGCCAUGGGCAUCCCCACACCCCGGAUCCAGUGGCUGAAGGAUGGGCAUCCAUUGGGAGAGCAGGAUGGUGUGGUGGUGUCCGAGGAUGGUGGGACUCUGCUCAUCGCCCGUGUGGGGCUUGGUCAUGAAGGGCUCUACAUCUGCCAGGGCAGCAACAGGGCAGGGGUGGCCCAGGCGGAGGUGCAGGUUUUGGUUCAAGUACCUCCCAUCAUUGAGCCCAGUGUGGUGGACCUGGUCGUCCUGGAGAAUGGCACGGCGUCGCUGCAGUGCUUGGCUUCAGGGCUGCCUACUCCUGACAUCACCUGGUACAAGGGGCACGAGCAGCUCUCGGCUGGACCAGGCUGGACCAUCUCCAGGGAUGGGAAGCACCUGGAGAUCCAGCGUGCCCAGCUCUCUGACGCUGGCAGCUACCACUGUGUGGCCUCCAACGUGGCCGGUGUCACCGAGCUCUGGUACAGCCUGCAGGUGACUGUGCCCCCUCGGAUCACAGCUGGUCCCAGUCCCCUUGCAGUGAUGGUGAAUGACCUGGUGACACUGGAGUGUGAUGCUACAGGGACCCCAGCUCCUGUGCUCCUGUGGCUGAAGGAUGGCAAUCCAGUGCCCAGCAUGGCAGACGGUGGCCCAGAGAUCCUCUCCGAUGGGCGCGUGCUGUCCCUGCCUGCUGCUCGCCUCCAGGACUCGGGGACAUACACGUGUGUAGCCAGCAGUGCCGUGGGGGAGGACAGAUGUGAGGUUGCCCUCGAGGUGAGGUUGCCCCUCACCGCCAUGGGUGAGGAGGAGAACAUCUCUGUCAUCAUCAACCACCCAGUGACACUGGAAUGCACAGUCCCUGGGGUCCCCCCUCAGGGGUCCCGCUGGCUGAAGGACGGGGUCUUGCUCACACCAAAGCCGGGCAUGGAGCUGUCUGUGGAGGGGACUGUGCUCCAGAUCAGGCAAGCUGCCCUGCAGGAUGCGGGCAGGUACACGUGCCAUGGACCGGGCCACCUGGAGAGACACUACAACCUCGACGUGUGGGUGCCGCCAUCCUUCUCCUCAGCAGAGCCUCACACCAUGUCUGUGCUGGAGGGGCAGUCCAUCAGGCUGCCCUGCGAGUGCCACGGGAUCCCCUUCCCCACCCUGAGCUGGCUGAAGGACGGUGAGCCCCUCUCUGCCCAACCUGGGAGCCCAAAGCUGGUAUCUGCAGGAGGGAGGAUGCUCUACAUUGAGAAGGUACAGCUGGUGGACAAGGGGAUCUACACCUGCGAGUGCAGGAAUGCCGCUGGCAGCAGCAGCAAGGAGCAUCACCUGGAGGUGCACGCGCUGCCGAGGAUCCAGAGCAGCAGGAAAGGCCCAAAGAAGGUUUCUGUCAUCAAGGCUGGCGAGACGGUUUUGGAGUGCGAGACCACGGGGACACCACUGCCCACGGUGACAUGGGUGAAGGAUGGGCAGCCAGUGGCCAGUGGGGACGGGAUCCUGCUUACGGAGCAGGGGAGGCAGCUGCGCAUCCCCAAGGCGGAGGUGGCCCAUGCAGGACGCUACGCUUGCCUGGUGACAAAUGUGGCAGGGCAGGAGUGGAGAGAGUUUGACGUUGCGGUGCACGUUCCUCCUGAGUUCGUUCAAGGAUCGGGAAUUGCAACCAAUGUCACUGUGUCUCUGCAUGGAGCCCUGACACUGACCUGUGAGGCCACUGGUGUUCCUCUGCCUACAGUCACCUGGUCCUGGGAUGGCUCUCCCAUCACACCCAGUGAACACACGCAUGUGCUUUCAGGGGGCUGGGUGCUGAGACUCAGCCGUGCAGAAGCCCAGGAUGGUGGCCACUACUCCUGCCUGGCCAGCAACAUAGCUGGGGAAGCCAGGAGACAUUUCUAUGUGGAGGUCCUAGUUCCUCCCCACAUCGAGAAUGCGGAUGAAGAAGAGAUCACCAAAGUUCCUGAGGGUCACCCCGUUACCUGGUCCUGCUUGGCUGCAGGCAACCCCCAGCCAAAGAUCACCUGGCUGAAAGAUGGCCACCCUCUGCCUAAUGGAAACACCUUCUCUAUCUCCCCUGAUGGCUCCGUGCUCCACAUCCCCCAAGCCUCUCUGUCUGAUGCUGGCCGCUACUCCUGCGUGGCCUCUAGUGCCGUGGCAGAUCAGACCAAGCACUACCUGCUGGAUGUUUCAGCCAGUCCUACGUUUGCUGGAGAUGCCGCUGCCGGUCCAGAAGAAGUCACAGUGAUCAUCAACAACCCCAUCUCCCUGGUCUGCGAGGCUCUGCCAUACUCAUCUCCCAACAUCACCUGGCUCAAGGAUGAGGUUCCCCUCAAAGUGUCUAGAAACGUCCAGCUGCUCCCUGGUGGCCAUGGGCUGCAGAUCCUGAACGCCCAGGAAGAGGACGCGGGCACAUACAGCUGCAUCGUGGCCAAUGAAGCCAGAGAGGCCAUGAAGAACUACUCUGUGAAGGUCCUGGUUCCUCCUUGGAUUGCCAGAGAUGACCCUUUGGGGGAAUUUGCCAUGAAAGAGGUUAAAGCCAGGGUCAACAGCACAGUGAUGCUGGAGUGCGAGACCUGGGCUGUGCCGGAGCCAACCAUUCGGUGGUACAAGGACAAGCAGCUCCUGGAAAGCACUGGCCACCUCCAGAUCCUCAGCGAGGGGCAGGUCCUUCAGAUCAAACCAGCCAGCGUGUCUGAUUCAGGGCACUACACCUGCGUGGCCACCAAUGCUGUGGGUGAAGAUGACAGGGACUUCAUCGUGCAUAUCCAAGUGCCACCCCUCUUCCAGCAGCAGACAAGCCCCAACGAAGCCCUUGAGAUCUUCUACCGCGAGGAAGACCAGGACGGGGAGGUGACAGAGCACCAGCAAGCCAUCCUCAACCAGCCCACUGCGCUCUACUGCGACACCAACGCCAUCCCACCCCCCCAGCUCACCUGGUACAAGGACGGGGAGCCCCUCUCCCCUGGCCCAGGGGUGCUGAUGCUGCUAGGGGGCCGGGUGCUGCAGCUGCAGGCGGUGCGGGAGGAGGACGCGGGCAGGUACACCUGCGAGGCGGCCAACGCGGUGGGAUGGGACCGCCUGCACUACCUGCUGGAGGUGCUGAGUGCUCCAGCCAUCCACGGUGGCACGGAGGACCCAGCUGAGGAGGUGACAGCCACCACCAAUGGCACCGUCCGCUUCAAGUGUGAAGCCACCGGCCACCCAGUGCCGGCGGUGUCCUGGCUCUGGAAUGGUGUCCCCAUCGUGGUCAGUCCACGGCACCAGCUCCUGGAGGGUGGCAAGGUCCUGCAGGUGGCUGCAGUGGAGGCAGGUGACACCGGCAGCUACACAUGUGUGGCUGAGAACCCGGUUGGGUCAGCUGAGAAGCACUUUGCCCUCACCGUGCAGGAAGCACCCCAGAUCGUGGGCGCAAACCCCGAGAGCAUCGACGGCAUCGUCAAUGGCAGUGUCUCGCUGGUGUGUGAUGUCCAAUCUCACCCUGCUGCGGAGAUCACCUGGUACAAGGAUGGCCGAGCCCUGCAGCUCGGUGAGGAGGUGACCGUCACCCCAGACUCACAGGUGCUGCAGCUCCAUCACCUGCAGCUUUCCAGCUCGGGCACGUACACGUGUGUGGCACUGAAUGCUGCUGGUCAGGAUGAGAAGGACUUCAUCCUCACCGUUCAUGGGACCUCGGGCAUUGAGGAGCCACAGCAAGAGACUGUGGAUGCUGAUGUGGGGAGCCCCCUCAUCCUGACCUGCCAAGUCACUGGUGUGCCUGCAGCCACCAUCACCUGGCUGAAGGACGGGAGCCCACUGGAGAGCAGCCCGGAGCGGGGCCUGGUGUCUGGGGGGGGGCAACUCCAUCUCAGCCCCCUGCAGCCCUUCCACCAGGGCUGGUACACCUGCCUGGCACGGGGCCUGGCCACCACAGCACGCAAGGACUUCAUGGUGCUGGUGCGAGUGGCACCCCGGAUCGCCAGCGCAGGGGUCCCCAUUGAGCACAGCGUGCUGGAGGGCAGGGGGGUGAGGCUGGAGUGCCGAGCAGAGGGGCAGCCCACCCCCCAGAUCUCCUGGCUGAAGGAUGGGCAGCCCCUGAGGCUGCAGCCCCCUUCACGUGCCCGGAUGUCCCCCGACGGCAGCUCCCUUCUCCUCGAGGGGCUCCAAGCUGCCGACUCGGGGGCUUACACCUGCCUGGCCCGGAACAGCGCGGGUGAAGACGCACGGCUGCAGACGCUGAGUGUGAUGGUGCCUCCCACCAUCGAGAGAGGCACCGAUGACUCGGAGGUGGUCCGUGGCAUCCUGUCCACGUCGGUGACACUGGAGUGCCGGGCAUGGGGGUCCCCUCCCCUGCAUGUGAGCUGGCUGAAGGAUGGUCUGCCCCUGCGCCUGUCCCCUCGUGUCACCCUGCUCUCUGCUGGGCACGUCCUCCGGAUCUCCCAGGCACAGGUCUCUGACACCGGGCUCUACACCUGCAUCGCCUCCAGCCGGGCAGGGGUCGCCGAUCGCAGCUUCGUCCUGCAGAUACGGGUGCCCCCCAUCCUGGAGAGAGCUGAGAGCAGCGAGGAGCAGAUGGUGGCUGAGGGCUCCGAUGUCACCUUCACCUGUGAAGCCACUGGGUCCCCAGCACCGGCGGUGACCUGGAUGAAGGAUGGCAAGCCCUUGGCAUGGCAGAGCAACCACGUCUCUGGUGGCCCACGGCUCAGCCUGGUGGCCGUGGGGCCAGCUGAUGCGGGGGUGUACUCCUGCCUGGUGGCCAACGAGGUAGGGGAGGUCAGCAAAGCCUUCCACCUCCAGGUGUCGGAGCCACCCCGCGUAGAGGCUGCGUCCCAGCCCACCGAGAUGUCCAUUGUUGUGGGCACCCCACUAGAGCUGAUGUGUGUGGUGACAGGGGUCCCCGUGCCCACCGUCACCUGGGAGAAGGACGGACGGCUGCUGGCAGUGGCACCCCGGAUCGCCAGCGCAGGGGUCCCCAUUGAGCACAGCGUGCUGGAGGGCAGGGGGGUGAGGCUGGAGUGCCGAGCAGAGGGGCAGCCCACCCCCCAGAUCUCCUGGCUGAAGGAUGGGCAGCCCCUGAGGCUGCAGCCCCCUUCACGUGCCCGGAUGUCCCCCGACGGCAGCUCCCUUCUCCUCGAGGGGCUCCAAGCUGCCGACUCGGGGGCUUACACCUGCCUGGCCCGGAACAGCGCGGGUGAAGACGCACGGCUGCAGACGCUGAGUGUGAUGGUGCCUCCCACCAUCGAGAGAGGCACCGAUGACUCGGAGGUGGUCCGUGGCAUCCUGUCCAUGACAGUGACACUGGAGUGCCAGGCACGGGGGUCCCCUCCCCUGCAUGUGAGCUGGCUGAAGGAUGGGCUGCCCCUGCGCCUGUCCCCUCGUGUCACCCUGCUCUCUGCUGGGCACGUCCUCCGGAUCUCCCAGGCACAGGUCUCUGACACCGGGCUCUACACCUGCAUCGCCUCCAGCCGGGCAGGGGUCGCCGAUCGCAGCUUCGUCCUGCAGAUACGGGUGCCCCCCAUCCUGGAGAGAGCUGAGAGCAGCGAGGAGCAGAUGGUGGCUGAGGGCUCCGAUGUCACCUUCACCUGUGAAGCCACUGGGUCCCCAGCACCGGCGGUGACCUGGAUGAAGGAUGGCAAGCCCUUGGCAUGGCAGAGCAACCACGUCUCUGGUGGCCCACGGCUCAGCCUGGUGGCCGUGGGGCCAGCUGAUGCGGGGGUGUACUCCUGCCUGGCGGCCAACGAGGUAGGGGAGGUCAGCAAAGCCUUCCACCUCCAGGUGUCGGAGCCACCCCGCGUAGAGGCUGCGUCCCAGCCCACCGAGAUGUCCAUUGUUGUGGGCACCCCACUAGAGCUGAUGUGUGUGGUGACAGGGGUCCCCGUGCCCACCGUCACCUGGGAGAAGGACGGACGGCUGCUGGCAGGGCCCUGGCUCGUGUCGGGGAACGAGAGCACCUUCCACAUUGAGAGCACUAAGGUGGCCGAUGCUGGCUUGUACACCUGCCUGGCCGCUAGCUCCGCCGGGGAGGACAGCAGGAGCUUCCAUGUCAGCAUCCAAGCACCUCUCAGCAUUGCAAGUGUUGGAGAGACCCAGAGCAUCACGGCGGUGGCAGGGGGGCAGCUCAUCCUGGAGUGCCCUGAGGAUGCCGUGCCACCCCUCCGCAUUGAGUGGCACCGGGAGGGCUCCCCGCUGCAGGAGGAUGCCCACAGGCAGGUCCUGGCCGAGGGGCAAUUCCUGCAGAUCCAGGCCGUGAGGGCGGCCGAUGGUGGGGAAUACACCUGUAGGUCCACCAACACACUGGGGGACACCAGCCUACGCGUCCGGGUGGAGGUUCACGUGGCCCCGGAGAUCCAACCAGGCCCCGAGGAGGCGAGGGCACUGCUGAACGGCUCAGUGGUACUGCCAUGCCAGGCAGAGGGGUGGCCCAUGCCCUGGGUGACGUGGUGGAAGGAUGGUCGGCUUCUGCCCCUUCAACAGAGCAACAGGCUGCAGCUCCUCCCAGGAGGCUCCCUGCAAAUCGACCCCAUCCAGGUCCAGGAUUCAGGCUAUUACCUCUGCAUGGCAUCUAGCCCCACCGGCUCCGACCGGCGAGGCCUGGACCUCCACGUUCUGGUCCCUCCUGCCAUCGCUCCUGGACCUUCCAACCUCACCCUGCUGGCUCAGCAGCCAGCGACACUGGGCUGUGACACCUGGGGGUCCCCCGAGCCCCACAUCAGGUGGGAGAAGGAUGGCCACCCGCUGAACCCACACCUCCCACCCGGCGCCUACAGCUUGCAGACCUCAGGGUCGCUGCUCAUCACCAGCCCCGGCCCCGGGGACAAGGGGUGGUACGAGUGCAUUGCCACCAACACUGCUGGAGAGGCACGGAAGGUCUUCCUGGUGUCCAUCCACGUGCCCCCCACCAUUGCCGAUGACCUUACGGACGUGGUUGUCACCCGGCUGUCCCCCGCGGUCCUCACCUGCUAUACCUCCGGCGUGCCCCCACCCAGGGUGUCCUGGAGCAAGGAGGGGGCUCAGCUGGGCAGCCGAGGAGGGGGCUACCGCCUCCUGCCCACAGGGGCCCUGGUGAUCAGGCAGGCACUGCCUGCCCACGCCGGACGCUACAUCUGCACGGCGAGGAACGCUGCUGGCACAGCCCGAAAACACCUCCAGCUUGUGGUACACGAGCCCCCUGCCUUGAAGCCCCUGCCCGGCAUGGUGAUGGUGAUGGUCAACACCAGCACGGUGCUGUCCUGCGAAGCGACCGGUGUGCCCCGUCCAGAAGUCACCUGGCAGAAGGAUGGUGUUGGCAUUGCUGAAGGGCCCAGGCUGAAGGUGCUCCCCAACGGGCAGCUGCAUCUCCUCCGAGCCUCCCCGGGGGAUGCGGGCACCUACCUGUGCAUGGCUCGCAACCCCUCGGGCACCGCUGCAGGGAGGACCAGGCUGAUCGUGCAAGUGCCCCCCAUCAUCGCAGCCGGCCCAGUGGAGCUGGCUGUCCUGGAGGGGCUGGAGGGGCUGCUGCCCUGCGCUGCCCACGGUGUCCCUGAGCCCCGCAUGUCCUGGAGCCGGGAGGGAGCCCCGGUGCGGGGUGGCGGGGGGAAGGCCACCGUCCUGCCCUCUGGGGAGCUGCUGCUCCGGGACGUCCAGGAAGGGGAUGCUGGGAUCUAUUCCUGCACGGCGGUCAACUCGGCCGGGAGAGCCGUUCGCCGUCUCUCCCUCUCCAUCCACACCCUGCCCACCUUCACCCGCCGGCCUGGAGACAUCACCCUGAGCCGGGGUGAGGGGCUGGAGCUCGUGUGUGCUGCCACAGGCAUCCCCCAGCCCCGCAUCACCUGGAUGGUCAACGGGCAGCUCGUCACUGAUGGAGUGUUGGAGCAGAAUGGCUGGAGCACCCUGCGUCGGGAGGCAGCCACCCGCGCUGACAGCGGGACCUACGUCUGCCGUGCCGAGAACAGUGCCGGUGCCAUCAGGACCAUGGCCUCGGUCUCUGUCAGAGAGGCACCCACCAUAUGGGGGGACCCCAGCACCUACCAGGUGGAGCACCCCGGGGGCGAUGCUCUCCUCGACUGUGACACCCAGGGCCACCCCGCACCCCGUGUCCGCUGGAGCAAGGAUGGGGUGCUGGUGGCAGCCAGCGGGCGCCUGCGCCAGCUGCGGAACGGCUCCCUGGCCAUCCGCGCCGUGGAGAGCACCGAUGCGGGGCACUACCGCUGCGUGGCAGAGAAUGAUGCGGGCACAGCAGCAAAAGUUGUCACCCUGGCCCUGCAGAGUGAGUGUUGCCCCCUUUUUCGGGUGCUGCUGCACUGCGCCGUGUCGGGGGAGCCCACCCCCUCCGUGGAGUGGCAGCGGGACGGGCGGCCCCUGCCCGAGGGUCCCCGUGCCCGUGUCCUGCCCAAUGCCACGCUGCUCCUGCCCGCCGUCAGCCACCGUGAUGCCACCACCUACUCCUGCCUCGCUCGCAAUGCCCUGGGGUCAGCCAUUGCCCAUGCCUCCUUGGCCAUCCAAGGAGAGCCACACCGGGCACGGGGCAGCCUGGUUGGUGUCAUUAAUGGCCAUGAGCUUGAUGUUGCCGCCCUCGAUGCCAGCGUGCUGGAUGACCCACACUCUGGCACUGCUGUGGUCCGGAGCAGCAUCAGCAACAUCCCACCCGCUGUAGGGCCGCUGAUGCGGGUGCUGGUCACCAUCAUCGCCCCCGUUUACUGGUCCUUGGCACACAGUGGUGAGGGGACCCAGAGUGGGUUCCUGCUCAGCCGGGGCACCUUCCAGCAGGACUCACAGCUGGAAUUUACCACAGGGGAGCUCCUGCGGGUCACCCACCUGGCACGGGGCACGGAUGCUGCUGGCUGCCUGCUCCUGGACAGCGUGAUCCGCGGCUCCGUGCCGGAGAGCAUCAGCAAGGCCACGCUGCUGCUGCAGGAUUUCAGCGAGCGCUACGUGCAGACGGGUGUGGGGCGGCUCUCGGGGGGCUCGGUCCAGAGCUUUCUGAGGGACGGGCACAUCAUCCAUGCCCGCUGCAAUCACACCAUCCUGUACGACCCCCCCGGGGGCCUGCAGCCCCCCCGGGUGCAGCAUGUCCAAGCCAGUGCUGUCAAAGCCUCGUAUGACCCAGCCUCCCAGGAGCUCCGCUUCCAGCUCCAUGCCUCGCUUGAUGAGGGGGCUGAGGGAGACCAGUGCCCACCAGGAUUCAUCCUGAGCCCUGGGCAGCUGCACUGCGUUGAUAUCGACGAAUGUGGGGAGGGGUCCCACACCUGCCGCUACAACCAGCUCUGCAAGAACGUCCCAGGGACCUACCGCUGCACUUGCCCCCCUGGCUACCGCUCGCUGGCAGCUGGCUGGCCAUGCCUGGACAUAAACGAGUGCCUGCAGUUUCCUCCACCCUGUGCCUUUGAGUGCCACAACCUGCGGGGGUCCUACGAGUGCCUGUGCCCCCCCGGCAGGACCCUGCUGCCAGGGGGAGAGUGUGGCACAGCAGGGGUGGAUGGAGGGGCCACAACAGGCACCCCCCGGGACCCUGUUCUGCGCUGGCAGAAGCCAGUGGGGCUGAGCAGCCCACGGGGACGGUCCUUCUACACUCAGCUCGCCCUCCGCCGGGUGGCAAAGGCUGCGGGGCUGGGUGACCAGGGCCCCCCCUGCCCCACGGGCUUCAUCAAGAGGAAUGGCACCUGCAGCGACCUCGACGAGUGCCAGAUGCUGAACCUGUGCCAACACGAGUGCAGAAACAGCCCCGGCACCUACCGCUGUGUCUGCCCCCCCGGCUACCGGCUCCUGCCCAACGGGAAGACCUGCCAGGACAUAGACGAGUGCGUGGAGGGCACGAUCCAGUGUGGCUCAAGCCAGAUGUGCUUCAACACCCGUGGCAGUGCCCAGUGUGUGGAUGUGCCGUGCCCAGCUGGGUACCGGAGAGGCUCCAGCCCCGGGCUGUGUGUCGGUCGCUGCACCCCAAACUGUGGCUCGGCUGGCCCCCCAACGCUGCGGUACGAGCUGCUCACCCUGCCCCUCGGCAUCGCCGCCGGCCGGGAUGUGGUGCACCUCACCCCGGGCACUGCCCUCCGCCGUCACCCCCUCUUCACGCUGCUGGAGCAGGAACCCGGCAGCCCCUUCACCCUCCGCACCGAGCGGGGCCGGGGCAUCAUCUCCACCCUGCGCCCGCUGCGGGACCCCGGCACCCACCGCCUCAAGGUGCAGGCGCUGGCCCCCGGUGGGCAGCGGGCACCCAGCAUCUUCCUCCUCCUCAUCUCCGUCUCGCCCUACCCCUACUGACACCGCCGAGGGACAGGAGGGGACACAAGGUCACUUCUCCUGUCCCUCGCCACCCAUGCAGGCACGAGGCUCGGGGAGAGCUGAGCUUGCACCUUUUUUCUCCCUCUCUGGACACCCCCUUUCCUUGCCCCUACUCCCCCCCCGCUGUCACCUAGGGCCAGUCCCUGACUCAGCAGGGCCCUUGCGGGGGUGACAAGGUGUCCCGCCAGCCUCUUGCAAUCAGGUUUUGUUGUAACUCCAUAACUCAGACUGGUGGCCCCAGAGCAAACACAGCUCUAGAUGGCCUUGGCCGUGAUCAGCCCCCAGAUAGGGGGGGAUGAGCCAGGUGACAGCAGCCAGCGAGGGUCCCCGUGGGGU